AAUAAGAGUCAAAGGCUCUUGCUGUGGAAAGGGUGCGAGGUUUGGUUACUGCUUUGAGCACCAGAAACCUCAGGUUUGGACUCACCACUCUUCCCCUACCUCUCUCCUAACCCCAAGUCCGGAUAUCCGUUAUUCCCCCACCAAUUUUCCGAACCACCGCAAAAAUUUCCAAAAAAAAAUAAAAAAAUGAGCGCUAGGGUUCCGGUGCAGCAGCAACAACACUACAAUCUCAACUCUCCCACUUCCUUCAUCGACAGUCCUCUCCACGUCCUCAACUCCGUCGACGCCAGAACUGCCGCCUCCUCCAUCGACGACAUCACCACCUCCGACGACCACGAUGCUACAGUCUGUUUGCCCCUUCACAGUGUUGAAGUCGAUGAAGAUCGGUCCAGUCUCGAAACCAACGAAUCUUCUAGAGGACUCUACGAUAUCUUAACCGUUGAAGAUGUUUUUCCAAUUGAAUCAGCUAGGGCGAGGUUUAUUCAAAUUUUGAUGGAUUAUUUUAUCGAGGAUCGGGUAAUUGAAGUUGUUGAUCCUUCUGAUCUUGAUUAUGGUGAUCAAGAUAAAAUGAAUAAGAGAAGGACUAGAGAGAUUCAGUAUGAAGGAGAUCCGAAUUACGCACUGCCUUUGAUGUAUGUAGCGAAUAUGUAUGAGAGUUUAGUUAAUGAUGUUAAUAUUAGGCUUGCUUCUUUGAAUGGUAUUCGCGAUAAGUCUAUUGGUGUUGCUCUUGAAGCUGCUGGUGGUUUGUAUAGAAGACUUGCUAAGAAAUUUCCUAAAAAAGGACCAUGUACGUAUAAGAGAAGAGAAUUGGCAACUUCGAUGGAAACGAGGACUAGGUUUCCGGAACUAGUUAUACAAGAAGAGAAGCGUGUUCGCUUUGUGGUAGUUAAUGGAUUAAGAAUUGUUGAAAAACCAAAUUCCGUGCCUAUUGAUGAUGCUGAGUGGUUUAAAAAAUUAACAGGUCGAAAUGAAGUAGCAAUUUCAGCUGGUGAUUACAAAUUUUACUCUCCAAGACACAAGUAUAGGCGUGGUGCAUCAAUGUCACUUCCAAAUAUCGCAGAUAUGCCUGGUUAUCCUGGAGCAGACAGUUCUACAACAUUGACCACUACUCAAGGAUAUCGCUCACCACAGAGUCAGCAGCAAACCCCUGGCAAACAUCACUUGCAAUCACUACAUCAACCACAGUUUCACCCUGUUCUCCAGAGCAAUCAAACUAUGCACCAAAGUCAGCAUGUGGGGCCCUAUUCUCAUAACCAUCAAAAUGGUUCCCCUUCGCACCUAUCUGAAAUUUCUCAUUCUCACCAGCCAUCAAUACCGCAACACAUGAAUUGCUUACAAUCCUUCACAGGUGGCCAUGUUGCAGGACGCAUGCACAUGCUGCCACCAAGUCCUGCGAAGUUUUGUGAUGAAUGUGGCGCUCCAUAUUUGAGGGAAACAUCCAAGUUUUGUUCUGAAUGUGGUUCAAAGAGGUUAGGAAUAUGACAGAUUUGUACAAGCCUAAGUAAUCCAUCCAUUGUUUUGCGAUUCACCCUCAUCAUUCUUUUUUAUCACUGGUGUAUUCAUGAAUUUCAUAGUUUUUCAUGAUAUGACUAGUUUUACAUAGUAUUCUUAUGUUUUAGAAAUGUAUUUAGGAUAAAUAGAAAAAGAGUGCAGUUUUGACUUGAAUAUGUAGCCUGUGUAAAUACUAUCAACCUGGUUUGCACUUGUGCCAGUUUUGUGAAUAUAGAACUUCAAGAAGCUGAAAAUGACAAUUUUACUUACAUUUUUGGCUUUUUGCUGUUUUUGUAACAGUAUGUUACUGACCUUAUUGGAAUCAAAAUAUCUUCUACUAGUA